AUGACCAUCUAUAGCAAGCCUUGUAUCCGGAUUGCCAUCAAUUCAUUGCAUUUGUAUACGUCAUGGCAAAGGACUGCACGCAUUUCCUUGAGUUUUCCAUUGGGUGGCAGAUCUUUUUACCAUAAUCCGCCUUUCUCUGAUAAAUUUCAGUCCUCAGAAAGUACACAUUUCGAAGUCGAGCGCAAGUUUAUGUUUGAUCUCUCCAAACUCCCUCUAUUGGAACAUAAUAAAGGUGCCAAGCCCUUCCGUACUGUCCAGUUUCUUCAUGAAAAAUCGUUCACUGACACAUACUACGAUAACGAUGAGAGAGACUACCCACUCACGACACAAGAUAUCUGGCUGCGUCAGCGCGAUCUAAACUGGGAGUGCAAGACUCCCAUGAACUUGACUGCAUCGAUGGAUUCUUAUCACGAGUUGAUAGAUUUGCGCGAAAUCGCCGAUUUUCUUGGAAAGGUUUUAGGCGCAUCGAAAUCUCCAGUUCCUGAAAAUGCAGAGCAGUUCAAAAUAUGGCUUAAACAGCAACACGGCCUUACCCCCUUUGGCACUAUACAGACGACGCGACGGCAUUACCUCAUCGAUGACGAAUUCACACUCGAUCUAGACAAAGCUGAUUUUGGCCAUUACGUUGGGGAGCUGGAACUCGUCGUACAUUCUAAGGAACAAGUACACGAUGCCGAGCGGAAAAUCGCACAAUAUAUGAAAGAACACGAGUGGUUUUUUGAUACAAGCGGCGUGGUAAUGGGAAAGUUGAGUGCGUAUAUUAUAAAUUACAAUAACAAACAACGCGAGUGUAUGGAGAAAUCGGGCGUAUUGACGCGGAAACUGUUCCCAAAAAGUUUAGACGACGUGACUGCAAGGAAAUAG